AUGAAUACAAAACGUUCUAGAAAGCCAGUUCAAAAACUUGCCGGAACAAAGCCUGGCAUCUUCAAAAAGAAAACUAAGGCCGGUUUCACGCAGCACAACGGUCGAGGUGAGCAGGUUACGGAGCGUCGUGGAAAAAUUCUCACCAAGGGCCCAGGACAUGAUUACGAUGCGUAUAACGACAAAGAAGAUGAAGGUGCUACUGCUGAUUUUGGAGUCGAAGUUUGGAACCCGGUGACCUCAGAAGAUGCAAGAGACAUGGAAGAGGCCCGUAUUCCAGACGACCCUGCUAUGACACCCAUUGAUCUAUUUUCACUCAGUUUUGGAAUUGCAUUUGUGUUUAUCUCUUAUAUGUUCCAUUUCUUUUAG